CGAUUAAUGUGCGGAUUGCAGUAGCACUCGUAGAAUUCUCAGGUUUGGCUCCCGCAUGAUGCCGUUGGCAUCGAUUCUGCUUUUGUUCGUCACCGUCGAAAAUGUCUGCUCUUCCUGGAACUCUGAGGAGCUUGCUUUGUAUGAUUUGGUGGAAGAAGUCAAUACGAAUUUCUACGAUCUGUUCGGCAUCAGUAAGGAGGCAACACUUGGAGAAAUCAAGAAAGCGUAUCGACGCCUCAGUCUCGAAUGGCAUCCGGAUAGGAACUCAGCAGAGGAAGCUACUCAGAAGUUCAGGCAGAUAGUCUCCAUAUACGAGGUUUUGAAGUCGAACGAGUUAAGAGAGAAGUACAACAAUGUUUUGGAGUUCGGCUUGCCCGAUUGGCGACAGCCUAUCUACUACUACAGGAAAAUGCGUAAGCUGGCUUGGUACGAAGCCGUCAUUGUUCUGAUUGCUGUCUCUACUAUUGCUCAUUAUCUGAUGAUGUGGGCUGCUUAUUAUGAGAAGUAUUUAGUGUUGAAGCAGAGCUUGAAAAAAUCGCGAAAGCGUGAAAAGAAAGGUGAAAGCGAAGGUAAUGUAACACAGUUGCACGAAGCUCUAGAAGUGUUCCGACCAAGAUUCCGUGAUUUGUUACCAUUCCUAAUGGCAAAGGCUUCCUGGAAUCUUCUGAAGUUUGCAAACUUUGUUGCGCAAGAACAGCUGAAACCGAAGGAGCCAGAAGAAGAGGAGGAGGUCCACGCGCCGCACAGACCGCCACCUGCUCCCCGUCAGCCAGAAUUCACCUACGAAGUGGCUACAGACCUCAAAGCAGUCAGCACCAGCAGCCCGGAAGUGUUGGCGAAGUACGAAAGUGAAGCUGAAGAGGCGCAAAGAAAACAAAGUGGAGCUCCCUGGUCAUGUGAAGAACUUUAUCAAUUGGUACGUCUUAGCACAGAAAAGUUCCCUCCAGUUUGUGGAUUGUUUUGGGCACACCGAAUCGUUGGGAAUGUAUGGCUCGUGCGCUAAACCGAACUGCUCAGGAUGUGACUGUGAUGGCCGGGAAGUUGAAACACAUGAAACAGGAAGAAUACGAAAAGCUUGCUAUGGGUCAACAAACCACUGCUGACAUCGAUGUAAGAAGCGGUAAGACCGCGGGCACUGGCACAAUCACUGAGUCGUUACCGGUGAGUCAUCAGGAUUGGACGCAGGUUGAACAGAAAGAGCUUGAAAGCGCGCUGCAACAAUAUCCCAAAGGUUGCGAGGACAGGUGGGACAAAAUUGCGGCUGCAGUACCUACAAAGACGAAAGAACAAUGCCAACAACGAUUGAAAGAAUUAGUUGAGCUUGUCAGGCGGAAAAAGGCAGCCAAAACCUAGAAAGUUUUUUUUUCUUAAGCAUCUUGUGUGCUGCUCAAUGUCGUGUAUUCUUGCCUUUACAUCUUCAUGGGG